UUAGUACCUUUUCAGCAGUCCAACAUUUCAGUAGCCGAUUACGAUUUGUUUCGGGAAGCGUGAAACUUGCUAAAAGCCCAGUUGUUGUUAUUUAUUAUUUUCAAAGUUUUGUUUUACUUUAAUUUUGCUAUAAUGGUUCAGGCCUGGUACAUGGAUGAGGAACAAACUGAUCAACGUCUAGAACAUCAUCGUAAUCCAAAAGAAUUCCUGGAUUUAGAUGAAUUAUUAAAGAAAACCGGAGUUGAGUAUUUUAAGAUUGAUGCAGACAACUACAAGAACGAUUCUCUUCUGGCUGAGAUUAGAAAGAAGAGAAAUUAUUCCUACGAAGAUGAGAUCAAUUGUUCAAAAGAGUGUCUAUCUGACUACGAAAACAAGUUAAAGUCCUUCUUCACUGAACACUUGCAUACAGAUGAAGAAAUUCGUUUUGUUAUUGAUGGAUCGGGAUAUUUUGAUGUCAGAGAUGCUGAUGAAAAAUGGAUUCGCAUUGCUGUAUCCAAAGGUGACAUGAUUGUAAUCCCAGCUGGAAUCUAUCAUCGCUUUACUUUGGAUGUAAAUAAUUACAUCAAAGCAAAGCGUUACUUUGUUGGAGAGCCUGUUUGGUUGCCAUAUAAUAGGCCAGCUGAUGAAAUGGAAUGCAGAAAAGCAUAUUUGCAACAACAAGCAAAUGGUUUUGUUAAUUUGGGCAAAGCCUAAGUGAGGCAAUUGUGUUUUGUUACGGCGAGAUAUUUACCCCUGAGCUUAUUAAUUUUAACCAAUUACUAAAAUCGUUAAUUUUGUUUUAAAUUUAUAUCAUUAUUUUGUAAAUAAAUAAAAUAUCAAAUAAGCUAAAAAA